AUGCCUCGGGUGUCGUUUGCUCCUCCCUCGCUCUUCCUCACCUUCCUCCCUCUGCUGGACCGCCUCCUCCCCUCCCUCCCCCCCACCGUCAGAGACGUGGACGUCCCCCCUCUGUUUCGGGAGCGCUUCAUCCUGUCUGGGUACCGGCCCGUGGGCCUGCCGUGGCGCUGCUACGUCCUCAGCCUCUUCCAGAUCCACAACGAGACCCUGAACGUGUGGAGCCACCUGCUGGCCGCCGUCUGCGUGGCGCUGAGGUUCAUGGCGUUCACCAUCCUGCGAGGAGGGGGUCCUGAGGGUCAGGGGUUCUCAGCGGACGUCUCCUCGCUGCCUCUGGUCCUCUACGCUUUAUCUGCCAUCACUUACCUGAGCUGCAGUGCCGUUGCUCACCUGUUGCAGUCCCACUCGGAGCUCUCACAUUACUCAAUGUUCCUCCUGGACUACGUGGGCGUGGCCGUCUACCAGUACGGCUGCGCUAUGGCUCUGUUCCUGUACAGCGCCGACACCGCCUGGACGCAAAGCAUGCUGGGACAGGUCUUCCUCCCAGCCGCCGCCCUCCUCGCCUGGUUCUCCUGCGCCACCUGCUGUUACGCAAAGCUUCGUUUCCGGCGUCCGUACCCGCUGCACAGGAAGCUCUGCCAGGUGGUGCCGAUGGGCGUGGCCUACCUGCUGGACAUCAGCCCCGUCGCCCACCGCCUCGCCACCAGCAGCUGGACGGCCGGCUCUGCACUGCCGCUGCACUUCCUGCAGGUGGUGCUGUUUCUUCUGUCCGCCUUCUUCUUCUCUUGCCCCGUUCCUGAGCGUUUCUGCCCCGGGUGCUAUGACAUCGUCGGCCACGGCCACCAGCUCUUCCACGUCCUGCUCUCCUUGUGCACGCUGGUCCAGCAGGAGGCGCUGUUCCAGGACUUCCUGUGGCGGCGGCCGGCGCUGGUCAGGGAGUUUGGGGAGCAGCGCCUCCUGCUGGCCUGCGCCUCCUUCCCCUGCCUGACGCUCUGCUGCACGAUGACCGCGCUCGCCAUGAGGAGGCGAGCUCGAGCUCAGCUGAUGAAAGAGCAAAUAUAA